AUGUCCAGCACAUUGGUGACCUCAAGAGUCGUCGAGCAGCCUGGUCUGCACCUGACUCUUGAUUCGGUCGAGACUGACGAAUGUGACAAUGCGUACGCAAACAUACCCGGGAACUUCAAAGUUCAUAAAGCAGUCUUUUCAGCAGUACUCCCGCCCGGCAUCGAAGUACAAGAGGCAAUGAGGAGUGGAGUCUCUGCAUGGGCGAAAACGGCUCGACUUUCGACGAUAUUGAAAGAUGGCUCUGAAAGGCAAUACUUUUUGAAGUGCAUCACUGGACAAGGCGCUCGUGCACUGGUAGAGGGUGCAUACCACUCAGCGGUCACAAUCAACCAAGCGUGCCCAGGGUUGGUGCCUGAGCCCUCCGGAUGGGGUCAGUACAGCAUUGGCCCGGGCGAGAUUUGCUACUUUUAUGUCUGCGCUUUUCAUGACAUGCGUUUUAACGAGGCGCCAGAUCGAAGAGCAUUUGCCGACACAAUUGCAGCUAUGCAUAAGAAUGGCAAGUCUCCCACCGGCAUGUUUGGCUAUCCUGUGAAGACUGUCAUCGGCAAGAUGGAACGUACAGUCACUUGGGAGGACAGCUGGGCUGCCUGCUUUACCAACUUGCUCCGGGAUGUCAUCGACUACGAUAAUGACACCAAUGGAGUCUGGCCAGAACUAGAGGCUGCCUGCAAUCAGCUGAUUGAUGUUGUGAUUCCGCGGCUUCUGGGUGCGCUGCAAUCUGACGGAAGGAACAUAACCCCCGCGCUGGUGCAUGGCGAUCUCUGGGAGAACAACGUCGGCUGCGAUACAAGCACCGGAAAGAUUGUUGUAUUUGAUCCUGGGUGCACUUAUGCUCACAACGAGAUGGAAUUCGGCACUUGGCGAUGCAGAUGGACAACUUACUUUCGAAACUCCAAGUUUAUGCUCUAUUACAAGCGCGCUUACACGGCCUCUGACCCUAAAGAGGAAUGGGACGAUCGCAAUCGCUUGUACAGCAUCCACCCGUACCUGACGGACUCCGCAGGCCAUCGUGGGAGUAUCUCGAGAGAAACUGCAUACAACGACAUGCUUUUCUUGUGCGAAAAGUAUGGCCCACUUGACAGUUUGGAAAAAUAUGACCCAAUUCUUUACAUUUAUCUUGUCGAUGGCAUUCGGCUACCCUCGAGCCCGAACGUGUCAGGCGCGGUACUACCAGUAAGUUAG